CAUUGCACCCAGCUGCAGCUGCAGAGCGCACGCAUAUUUUACGUAAAUACAAAAACUAAGUUGCAAAUCUUUCUGAAAUACAUCACCGUUGAUUUUACAGCAUUAUGUACAGAUGGAUGCAUCAGAUCAAUCUCUUGACGCUAACUGAUGGUACUUUUUAACCGUGCGUAUUGUUGCUGCGGGCUCUUGCUGCCGAAUGGGUUGCUAAAUUGGCUGCUACUUUUACGUCGUAGUCAGGUAAACAGGUGUAAACGGAGUGUCUAAACACGGCAUUUGUUUAUCUCCGUCUUACUCAAAGAUGGGGGACGUAAAAGCUACACAGGAGGUUUCCGAUGAAGUUUCUCCCUUGAAUCCGUUCGGGUUGCUGGAACGGCGAGUGACGUUCGCUAAGAAGGACAGCACCAUUGCCGUGUUCGACACCAAACAGCACACGUCCCGGAUCAGCCAGCACUUCGGGCAGUUCGGCAGGGAUGACGGGGAGUUCCACCGCCCGGCGGGCGUCACUGUGUCCAACUUAGGAGAGAUUUUCGUGGCGGAUACAGGCAACCAACGGAUACAGGUCUUCGACAACAAUGGAUUGUUCCUCCGCUCGUUCACCACGAGAAUUAACGGAUACACACAGUCCUGUCCGACAGGCAUCGCGGCUGUCGGCAACAUGUUCUUUGUCACUGACCAGAUCAACAACGCGGUAAAUAUGUUCGACUUCAAAGGCAGAUUUACCGGACACUUCGGCGAAGACACCUGUUUUGUCAGACCGGCUAGUAUCGCUGUUGACAGAACGUACGGAGUCGUGGCGGUUUCAGAUCAGCUAGGAGUGAGGAUCUUCUCAGCGAAAGGAGAACGCAGAGGCGGUGGCAUCAUGCUAGCCGGCCAUGUUGGACCGAUUGCCAACGAAGUGGCUUGUAACGGUCGCGGAGAGAUCUUAGUGUCGUGCUGGUACGACCACUGCAUCAAAGUUUACGACCUGAACAGUGGCUUUAAAACGCGGAUAGCAGGCAGGGGCGAGUGGCUGGGCCGCCUGGAGCGCCCGCGUGGUGUGGGAGUGGACAAGCAGGGUAAAAUCGUGGUGUCAGACGCGGGGAACCGGAGAGUUCAACUUUUCGAUCCUCGGGACCGACUCGGGUUCUGUCGGCUGGUGGCGGCGCCGGCCGACGGGUUACGAGAGCCGUACGGAGUACAGGCGAUGGCGGACGGGAGGUUCAUUGUGGUGGACAACGCGCUGAGUAAAGUCUUUAGUGUCAGUAAGAGUCGAUGUGAACCUUAAUGUGAUUUGUUGAACAUUUAUUUCAUAGCGAUUGCAUUGAUAAGUUCUGUAGGAUACGAUUGCAAGGCAACAAUGUUAUGUCCAGAUGUGAAGCCAUGGAUAAAUGAGGUAAUAUCAAUGGCAUAUGGUUUGUUGUUGCUGAUUGAAAGUAAAACGCUACAUAAUGUGACAAAGCCAACCGUCUGAAUAAAUUGGUCUGCUAAAUGAAAUGGAAUCUACUAUGUAUUUCCUGAUGGAUUUUCAAGUGAUAUUUGAAGGAAAAAAUACUGGGAUUUUAUCACAACUCUGAAGUAUACAUGAAGUUAUGUUGGUGAUGUUGUGUCAUGUUAGCACACUCUUAGUUAAGGACGGAGAUAAAGCUGAAUAUCAGACACAAGGCGGACGCCAUGACAGCACACAGCGACAUCAUGACUUUCUCAGAACUGCUGCUAGGGGGCGCUGUCGUGUCUUCCUCAGAACUGCUGCUAGGGGGCGCUGUCGUGUCUUUCUCAGAACUGCUGCUAGGGGGCGCUGUCGUGUCUUUCUCAGAACUGCUGCUAGUGGGCUCUGUCGUGUCGUUCUCAGAACUGCUGCUAGGGGGCUCUGUCGUGUCUUUCUCAGAACUGCCGCUAGGGAGCGCUGUCGUGUCUUUCUCAGAACUGCUGCUAGUGGGCUCUGUCGUGUCUUUCUCAGAACUGCUGCUAGGGGGCUCUGUCGUGUCUUUCUCAGAACUGCUGCUAGGGGGCUCUGUCGUGUCUUUCUCAGAACUGCUGCUAGGGGGCGCUGUCGACGUUGAACAGGGAUCGUAGCCAUCAAGUCCUCGACAAGACUCUGCCUCGCCGAUUCCUAG